AUGUCAUUUAUCAAAUUUCUUCUUCACUUCUUGCCCGAUGUUUUUAUGGUCUUCGGGGGCGCACUGCCCUAUCUCCCGCAGUACCAACAAAUUCGAGAAACGCGAACGACUGGUUCAUUUUCUAAACAUGUCUGUCUCGUCUUGCUCAUCGCCAACUCUCUCAGGAUUUUCUUCCGCGUUGGCGAAGUCUACGAGACCGCUCUCUUCCUUCAAGCAGUAGUCAUGAUCUUCGCCAUGUUCGCUCUUGUCGAGCUUGUCCCCUGCCUGAAACCAGAGGAGUUCUGGAACUGGACGUAUUUUGUUGAUUACCUCCAGUUCAUGGUUCUUUUUUGGAUCGUUGUUGCAUUUACCACUUAUGUUUUUCUUCACUCACCCAGUUACUUCAAUAUCCUUGGUUUCCUCGCGCUAGGAACAGAAUCCCUUCUUGCCACGCCUCAGCUAUGGAAAAACUACCAGAAUAGUUCAACGACUGGAAUGUCAAUGUUCAUGGUUCUCGGCUGGCUCGUUGGGGAUAUCUUCAAAACAGGAUAUUUCGUCUUUCUGAAUCAGCCUUUCCAAUUUAUUCUCUGUGGCUCAAUCCAAGUUACAGUCGAUUGCCUUAUCAUCUGCCAGGUCUUUUACUACAAAUCUUCAAAGAAAGUCUCGACCGAUCCAGAAGAUUUGACCGCGGUGUUGCUGGAAGAUACUGAGAUUUAA